AUGGCCGGUGCAGCGACUAGACGGUUGAAAAAGGCUGCGCGGAUUAUCCUCGUUGGUGCGCCGGGUGUUGGGAAAGGAACCCAGACGGAGAGAUUGAUAAAGAGGUACCCACAGCUUGCAUCGAUCAGCUCGGGAGACCUGUUACGAGAAAACAUCCGUAAUAAGACCGAGAUAGGCCUCAAGGUUCAGUCGGCUCUACAUGCAGGCCAAUUGGUUCCUGAUGCCACCAUCCUAGAAUUGAUAUCCUCCGAACUUACAUCUAAAGGGUGGCUUGUGCCAUCGACCAACGUUUCAUCCAAAUCCGCUCCGUCAUCGAAGAAAUCACUCAACUCCUCCGCCUCAUUCAUACUCGAUGGAUUCCCCCGAACAGCCAUUCAAGCCAACAGUCUCGAAUCCCUUGUUCCUAUAAACCUGGUUGUCCAUCUUCUUACACCACCAGCCAUUAUAUUAUCGAGAAUAUCUUCUCGAUGGGUUCACCCGGGAUCUGGCAGAGUAUAUAACACUGAAUUCAACGCACCUAAAGUUCCCGGAAAGGAUGAUAUAACAGGAGAGCCACUUGUUCAGCGGGACGACGACUCUACCGAAGUCUGGAAGGAGAGAUUCCAGAAGUUUGAAGAGACCAGUAAACCAUUAUUGGAUCAUUAUGAAGGAAAAGGAUGUGUUUUGCGCAUUGAGGGCAACUCAAGUGACGACAUUAGCCCCAAGUUGUUUGCUGAAAUCGAUAGACGAUUCUGUUGA